GAUCAAUAACAGACCACAACACUGAAAAUGUGACACUGAACAAGAAAUUGACACUGGGCGUAAUAUUGAUAAAAAUUUACUUUGAAGAUGUUUUCAAGGCAAAAGGGAUGGAUACCCGGAUUGUUGUCAAGACCUAAAAACCCGCAUUCGUUGGAACAUUUAAAAUAUUUGUAUAGUUUAUUAAUGAAGAAUCAGACAAUAACAGAGAACAACAGGAGUUUAUUAGUAGAAACACUCAGGUCAAUAUCUGAAAUACUCAUUUGGGGAGAUCAAAAUGACAGCAGUGUGUUUGACUUUUUCCUUGAGAAGAAUAUGCUGUCAUUUUUCCUGAAGUAUUUACAACAAAGAGCAGGAAGAUAUAUUUGUGUACAGUUACUACAGACUCUCAACAUUUUAUUUGAAAACAUCAAGAAUGAGACAUCUCUGUAUUACUUAUUGUCCAACAAUCACAUCAACUCAAUUAUUGUUCACAAGUUUGAUUUCUCUGAUGAAGAGGUCAUGGCAUAUUACAUUUCAUUUUUGAAGACACUUUCCCUGAAGCUUAAUAAACACACAAUACAUUUCUUUUACAAUGAGCACACAAAUGAUUUUGCUCUUUACACUGAAGCUAUAAAGUUCUUCAACCAUUCAGAAUCAAUGGUUAGAAUUGCUGUGAGGACUAUUACACUUAAUGUUUUCAAAGUGGAAGAUAAGGCAAUGUUGAGGUAUAUACGAGACAGAACUGCAGCUCCAUAUUUUUCUAAUCUUGUCUGGUUUAUUGGGAAUCACAUCCUAAAUGUUGACCUCUGUGUCCGACAUGAUGCUGAUCACCAAAGUAGAAACAGGCUGGCAGAUUUAGUAGCAGAACAUUUAGAUCAUCUCCACUACCUGAAUGACAUAUUGUGUAUCAACAUCGAUACUCUCAACGAAGUACUGACAGACCAAUUCUUAAACAGACUACUUAUACCACUGUAUGUCUAUUGUCUGACCAUGAGGAAAAAACAUAAUGGAAGACAGGGAGAUAAGAAACAUAUAAGUUCUGUAGUGGCACUGUAUCUAUUAUCUCAGGUGUUUUUGAUAAUUAGUUAUGCACCAUUAGUAAGACAGCUGGCAGAAAUUAUAUUUCAAGGGGACAUAAGUGUACAACAACAAGAAGCCUCAAGUGAUUCACCACAAACUAGAUUGAGAGAAUUUGUAGCCCCAGAUGAAUCUUUAGAAGCCACAUUAGAGAGCAACAGAGGUCAACAUCCAUUCCAUCAAGGUGAAUUAGAGGAACCUGUUACAACAGGCAACUCAACAUUUUAUAUGAGAACUCAGUCAAUGACAGAGCAAACUGAAGUGCAUGAGAGGGUUCCUACACCUCCAACAACAGAGGCAGACCUACCUACUCAAAAUUCUACAGAUGAGGAAAAAUUAUAUGGCUCACAGAGAACCUCUACAGGAACAAAUAUAGAACAGAAACAAACAACAUUUAGUCUUGAAAAUAGAGCCUAUUUAGAAGCCAUAUUCAAUGCAUUGGAAUGUAGUGAGAAUGAUUAUGAAGCUUUGUUUGCACUGUGUUUGUUAUAUGCCAUGGGACAUAACGAUGGCAUACAUCAGGGAUUAAUGGACACAGUAAUGAUGCCAACUGAAAAAUCUGAGACCAAAGAUCAUUACAAUGUAGCUUUAGUAGAGAGACUAAUCAAAAUCAUCACAUUGGCUAGUCAGAGUGGAAAUAAAGUGAGAUUAUCAACAUUAGAACUAACUAUCAAACUUUUGAAACAGCUAGUCUAUAUGAGUGGGAAAUCAUAUCUACAAGACCGACACCUAGCCAGCAUUGAAAAUGCCAGGGAGUGUUGUACACAACUACUCAGGAAUUUUUAUAAGAGUGAAGAAAUGUUUUUAGACAUGUUUGAAGAUGAAUAUAGAGAAAUGAAGAACCGUCCUUUGAAUGUUGAAUAUUUGACCAUGGAUGCCUCCAUACUGUUACCCCCAACUGGUACCCCUCUGACAGGGAUAGCUUUUUCCAAACGAUUACCAUGUGGAGAGGUUGAAAGAGCCAGAAGGGCAAUACGAGUGUUUUUCUUGGUGAGGGACUUAUCAUUAACUUUGUUACAAGAAACAGAAAGUCAGCUACCACUGACCAAAGAAGAUUCCUGCAUUAAAGUAUCAGACAUUUUAGAUCUCAAUAACAGUGACUUGAUAGCAUGUACAGUGGUUACAAAAGAAAGCAGAAAAAUGGAACGUAGAUUUCUUGUGAUAGACAGUAUACAGUUAAUUCUAGUAGAACCAGAUACAAAGCGACUUGGAUGGGGUGUUGUCAGAUUUGCUGGAUUCUUACAAGAUGUUGAAGUGACUGGAGAUAAGGAUGACAGUCGAUCACUCCACAUCACCAUCCACAAACCUCCUAGUUCCCAGCAUGCAAGACCACUUCCUCUUUUGUCUGGACGCUUUGUUUUCGAUGAUCACAUAAGAUGUAUGGCUGCUAAGCAACGUUUGACUAAAGGAAGACUGAAAGCCCGUCAGCAGAAGAUGAUGAUGAUAGAAAGACUUUUAGACAUACCAAAUGAUGGAGGUCAAAGAUCAAGUACCCCCUCUGGUAGAAAUAGGCCCUACCCAGGGAGAAGUCAUCCAAUUCGUAGUGUGUCAACACCUUCUCAGCAGUCUCAAGAAACUACUCCAGUAAGCACACCAACACCGCGAUCGCAACAAGUAGACCCAAUUCAGUCAAUGCCUAUCAAAUCUCAUGGCCAAGAAACAAUCAACGAAUCAACUGAUAGUGUUGAAAUAGCCGAAGAAGCUUUUGCUUACCAAACUUUUAAUCAACAUACUGGAACUAACGCUUCUAGUCGUCAUACACCUUCACCUGUUGACAAUUCCCCUUUUCAAGAAAUUCAAAUGGAAGAUUUGUCAAAAAGGAAGAAAAAACAUUCGAAAAAAAUGCCAAAUGUACGUCUGCAUCAAAUGACAUCGUCAUCUCAUAGUAGAAGUCAUUCUCAUAGCCCAAAACGUGAAGAAGGCCUCAGUUCAAAUAGAGGACAUUCUUAUUCGAUGGUGGAGGAAAGUAAGCGUGAGAGGAGUUCAACUCCAAAAGGAAGAGGUCACAGUAACAGUCAACCUAUUCCAGAAGGAAAACGUUCACGCCCAUCUUCGGGGUCGUCUUCAGACGAAAGUCAUAAAAUCAGAACUAGAAGUAAAGAAAGUCAGUCUCCCAAAACACUAAGACCUGCGGAAGAACCAGCAUUGACUUUGUUUUCACAAGACAGUGAAUCAAUGGCAACUAGUAUAGACUCAUUAAAACUAGUGCCACCAGCCGAGAGUCUAAGGACUCCUAGUGAUACAUCGAGUACAGGGACUAGCAACGAUGGACAGAACUCAGGUGUUGAGAAUCAGGAUGAUAAAAACUCGGAGUCAAGUUUCAAAGACUCAAAACCAAAUUUUGCAUUUAAAUCCCCGUCUGCAGCGGACGUUGAAAUAAGUAAAGCAAGAGUUGAAUCUGUUGCUCGAGCUAAAUCUUCCUCAGCUACAGAUCAGCUCACAAAGCUAGCUCAGAUUGUCCAGGAGCAUUUCUCAGACGAUAAACAGAGUGAAACAGGCUUAGUUGAUCAGAAUACUGACAUGUGACAUUGUUAAAGAUUUACCUUAGUCUGGAGAAUUUAAGUGCAAUGUAAGGUUAUAGACCUGUAAAUAAGAAUUGUGUUAUAAAUAUAAUAUUAUGUAUUAUACAUAAGUUUGGAAAAAAUUUAAUAGAAUUGUGUACAGAUAAUAUGGGGUUAGUUAAGGAUCACAUUUUAUGGGAUAGGCAGGGGAUCUAAUAAGAUUUUUGUCUAUCCAUCUGACCAAUUAACAUAUAUCUAAAUUAGAAAUGCCAUUUGUGAAGGAGAAUAAAAUGAUACACAUUUAAUAAUGAAGUGUUUAUAGUUCUGUUCAUACUAGUGUAUAUGAUUAUCUUCGUUGGAUAUGUGAAAAAUGAAAACAACACGUUAUUAUUUUAUGCAUGUACAGUUAACUCAAAACCUCUUCCUUUUAGGUUAACUGCCAACUUUGUUUCAUUAUAUGUAGCUUUCAUGUCAGUGAGUUUCUCCGUUUUCCUCACAAGGACUGAGGAUAAAAUUCAAGAUUGAAAUGCAUACUACGACAACAAAUCUGGUGUAACAUCAAUAUGAAGUCAACAUCGGUGAACCAUCUUGAUUGUCAAUAGAAUAAUUUCCAGGAGACUUAUCUUUAAGAACAAAUGGAAUUCUAAUGAAUAUCAACCUAUAUAGAUAUUUGGAGAUUUCCGUGUAGUAUACAUUAAACUUAUUCUUAGUAUGCAUUUUUCUUUAGUAUACAUGUUCAGUAUAAUGAUACAAUUAUCGAAGAUAAAUGCAAUUAGAUUAAUAUUCUGUUUGUUUUAGUUUUACGUUUGAUUUGAUAAGAAAAUGCGGAACCAAGAAUAAAGCAUAUCAUGUGCUUAUUAAAUGCACUAAUUAUAAGCCUGGCAUCUUUGGUGAGAACGAAAAUAGAUUUCUCAACUCCUAUUCAUCAGAUAGAACUUGUAUUAUGAAACUGCUUGCCAAUUAUAAAACUUCCUAACUAUUUUAAAGUGUUUUGCACAAGUCAAGUACAGUUUAGGAGUUAAUAUCAGUUUAUGUGUACAUGCAUAUUAAUGUUGUGAUGUAGGCGUCAAAUAAAAAUGUGAGCGGUAAAAAUUGUCCUUCAAAUAGAAUUUAACACUUACAAUUAUUGUUUAUUAUAUGCGUAUUAUGAUGACCUUGAAAAUGUUUUUCCCAAUUAUAAGUUUAUCAACAUUAUAAUCUAAUGCUGUACUGUAGAUCUUGAUCAUUGAAUGUACAUGUAUCCAAGUGAAUGAGUUACAUGAAACAUACUAUUCCUAAUGUGUUCGGACAAAGCUUUGUAAAUAAUAUCAAUUACUCACUACAUUUCCUUUUAUGAAGUGUCUGACCUAAAAAUAGAAAAUACAGAAAGAUAUCAUGUCAGAAUGUGUUCAAUACAGAAUGCAAUUAAACUAUAUCACGCUUUAAGCAAAGCGUU